UUCUAGGUAUUUAGGUAGUAAUUACCUCAUUAUGUUUCAACAAUGUAUUCGUUAUUCCUGCUGCUUUUCAGUACCUGACACUAAUUUUUGUAGCUAUAAUAAUGUAGAAAUUACAGUACACACAUUGGUACAGACCAAACCUGUUUAAUUAGCUGCCUGGAAGAGAAAGAUAAUGUCUUAUUAUUUGUCUAGGGAUAGUCAACUUGUUCUAUGUUUAGAGAUAAUCACCUUCACUCUGGAGUGGGAAGACAUCCUGCAAUUACACAGAGCUGAAAACAAUUCUUUCUUUCAGGGGAGGCUGCGGGUCUUGAAGGCAGUGACACCUUUGAAACCUCAGUUAUCAUUAAAGUCUUUCAGAUACUCCCGACUCCACUAUGAGCCUGCUAGUAACGAAGGAUAUUCAAAUGAAGCCUUGACGAAGCAGAGGGGACCUGGGAGUCAGAAGGUUCAGCUGUUCUCAGACACUUUUAUUGAAGAAGAAUACCUCUUGCCAGUGCUUCAGAGGGAGAAAAAAACACCUGAACAGCGAUCCACAGCAAGUUACACCCAAAAGGCUCUGACUUCAGACAUGGAAGAUAACACUGGAAUGAAGGAAAGUGCAGAUGCCACUAAAAAAUUCAUUCACAUUCAGACUCUCCGAGCAGGUGAUAUAUUUGGUCUGGUAAAUGUAGUCUUUGAAGACACACUUAGCAUGACCUUGGUUUCUGAUGGAGCUGAGUGCAUUGUGGUAUCAAAGGAGUUCUUCAAGAAGCACAUGACUGAAGACUAUCGCCAAAAAUUAUGCACAUCUCAAUGGACACCACAAAUUACUGGCUACUGGAGAUUUAUUUUCCUCAGACAGAUGUACAAGGUGCACAUUUUCUUCCUGGAUAGCAUAGCGUACGACCCUGUUCUGUCUUUACAAUGUGCGUACUGUGAAGGGACCACAGAGGUAGAGCAGGAUUCAGUCUUGAUGUUUCCUGGUAGAAAACCUAAGUGUCUCUUUGCAGGUGCUAAUGAUGAUGACCUUGAAGUCACCCCAAGUGCUGCUGACAUUCUUGCAUUGUUGUUGAUAGGACUUCACCAGUUUUUCAUUGAGGCACCAGUAGAAGAGGUCGUGCUUGAUUGGGUCCUUGAAUCCUUCAAUGCUGAUCUUUCAUCAGCAUUGCUUCUGCUGCAGGAGUCACAUGGGAGCCAGUUUGGGAGUGACAUAACUAAGCAGAUGAGUCCAUGA